AUGGGCGAAGACGUUGAUGCCGCGACCGGAAACCCGGGCGUUGGCGAUAGUGGUCGACGGAGGACCGAUAGGACCGGUGUAACGAGGGACCGGGGAGACCACAAGGACCGGAGGAGACACUCUCGAGCAACCGAGGCGAAAGCGGUGGACCGUGACCAUGACGGUGAUGCCUCGGACGCUGGAUCAGACUUCAGCUCUGUCUCGGUCGACGAGCUACCUCCCAUCCGCGCCUACGGUCACACGUACCACGGAUCUGGUCGCCUCCUCAUGCCCAACGACGAAUCUGAGCGUGCACGCUUGGAAAUUCAACACCAACUAUUCAAGCUAUGCCUCGAAGGCAGCCUGACUGCGACAAAGCUUCCCAAGGACCAGCCCCUUAGCAUCCUCGACAUCGGCACGGGUACGGGCAACUGGGCCGUCGAAAUGGGCGAGCAGUACCCCUUGGCCAAGAUCAUGGGCAUCGACAUCUCCGCCGCACUGCUGCCCACGACGGUCCCGCCCAAUGUCGUCUUUGAAGUGGAAGACGUCACCAACGACUGGGCCCGGGAAAGGGGCAGUCUCGAUUUCGUACACGUGCGGAAUCUCGUUGGCGGCGGCGUGCCGGACUGGAGGGCAUUGUUCCAGCAGACUUACGAGCACUUGAAGCCUGGCGGGCAGAUUGAGUUCUCCGAGGUGAGAACGAGGUUCUUUGACCUUGUUGGCAACAGCAGCGAUGAGCCCACCGCGCCGACGGAGGAGGAGAAAGACUCCAGCAUGAUGACGGCGUGUCGUGAGUUCGAGGUGCGGUUUGCAGAGAUGGCGGCCGUCGCAGGGGUUGACUUUGAUCCUAUACCGAAGAUCCCCGCCAUUCUGACAGACGUCGGUUUCGAAAAGGUGGGACGUUGGUCGGACCUGGUGCCCAUACAAGCCGUAGGUCAUGACGAGAAGAUGGUUAGGAAAGGGGGCCAGUUCGCUCAAAUGCUGGAAUACGGCCUGGAGAACUACUCGCUGGCUGUGUUUGCCAAAGGCGGCUGGGAUGAGAAGGGUAUCCGAGAUCUCUUGCAGAGAGUCCACAAAGAGACACGCGACAUGACAAACGAGUUAUAUGGCAAAGUGUGA